UAGUGCAUUAGUGCAUUGUGUAGCAUAUGCGGACACUGCUCAGUCCCUGCUGGUUGUUAUCGUUGUCACCAUUAAUCUGAGGGGGAGGUCUACGAUCUGAGGGUGCUGGGCCAGCAGAAGGCAGGCCCCUGGCUUGCCAGAGUCUGACAAGCCCCCUCUCCACAGCCAUGCGGUGCCCCCGCCACAGCCACUACAGUCUGUGUGUGAACCCCUGCCCUGCGGCCUGUCCAGGUGUUCAGGAAGUGGUGCGGCUUCCCACUCCCUGUGCUGAGGGCUGCGAGUGUGAAAAUGGAUUCUUCCCGGCCGGGCGUGACUGCGUCCCUGUGGACCACUGUCCUUGCUUCCACAAUGGCCAGUACUUCCCUCCGGACCAGACUGUCCUCAUCAAGAACUGCUCCUCCUCCUGUACCUGCCAGCUGGGGGAGGGUGUGGCCUGUGUCCCCUUCAGCUGCCCUAUGCAGGAGGUCUGUGGCAUCACAGAUGGAGUCCUAAGCUGCCGUUUGCAAGGUGCCUGGGGCUGUGGUCUGAGGGGUCAGAGAUUGGGGCAUGACUCCUAAGUCCUGGGAAGGACAGGACUGGUGACCCAGACCCCUGGGACUCAUAAGUG